CUGUUUUCUGUUUGAUGGCAUAGAUGUUCUGCUCAAUGGUUAUUCAGCAAUAGUUAUGAACUCCCGCUUACGAGCCUUAGGUGGAAGGAUAAAUAAUAUACGAGCAUCAGAACUACCAAAAGAGAAAACUCGAUCAGAGAUAAUCUGUAAUGUCCACUUUUUGGAUGGCUCGGUACAAAGCUUCAAAGUCAAUAAGCAAGACACUGGUCAAGCUUUGUUGGAUAUGGCCUAUAGCCAGUUGGGCGUGACAGAGAAGGAAUAUUUUGGUUUACAGCAAAAUGAAUAGUUUUUCAUUUCACAGCGAUGGCUUGAACCAAACAAACCUAUUAGAAAACAGUUAAAAGGAGGUUUUCCCUGCACCCUUUGUUUUCGCGUAAGGUUUUUUAUACCUGAUCCCAACACACUUCAGCAAGAACAAACCAGGCACUUAUUCUUCUUGCAGCUGAAGACUGAUAUUUUGGAAGGAAGGUUGUCAUGCCCUCUUAAUUCUGCUGUUGUCCUGGCAUCAUAUGCAGUACAAUCUCAGCUUGGAGACUACAACUCCUCAGUGCAUCAUUCAGGAUAUCUGUCAAAUUACAGUUUUAUACCAGAACAGAACAAAGAUUUUCUUACCAAAGUAGAAUCACUACAUGAACAGCACAGUGGCCUCAAGCAAUCUGAAGCAGAAUCCUGCUAUAUAAAUAUAGCGCGAACACUUGAAUUCUAUGGAGUGGAAUUGCACAGUGGUAGAGAUCUUCAUAAUCUAGAUCUCAUGAUAGGGAUUGCAUCAGGUGGUAUUGCUGUGUAUAGAAAACUCAUCUGUACAAGCUUCUAUCCCUGGGUGAACAUAUUAAAAAUUUCCUUUAAAAGGAAAAAGUUUUUUAUACAACAACGGCAAAAACAUAAUGAAUCCAGAGAGCAUAUUGUUGCCUUCAACAUGUUAAAUUACAGAGCAUGCAAAAAUCUGUGGAAGUCUUGUGUAGAACAUCACACAUUUUUUCAGGCAAAGAAGUCGCUACCUCAUGAAAAAAAGAUAUUGUCACACUAUUGGACCCUGGGUUCUAGAAACCCAGCAAAGUCUGUAAGCAGCCAGUACUGCAGAAAAGUUAUAGGAGGGAUGGUUUGGAACCCAUCUAUGAGGAGAUCUUUAUCUGUUGAGCAUCUGGAGACCAAAAGCCUUCCUUCUCGAUCACCUCCUGUUACUCCUAAUUGGCGGAGUCCUAGACUGCGUCAUGAGAUUCGUAAACCACGACACUCAUCUGUAGAUAAUCUUACAAAUGAAAUGACCUAUAUUACUGAAACAGAGGAUGUUUUUUAUACAUACAAGGGCUCUCCAACAUCAAAGGACAGUGAUUCGGAGUUCUUCCAGAACCGUAGUCCACGGAGGAGGUCAUCUGAACGAGAAUCACCAAAGAACGUGUUGGAAAAUAGUCCAACGCAGAAUUCUCUGACCCAUACCUCACCUAAAGCUUUGUCUCCGUCUCCCAGUGGAGUUGAUACAAGCCUUUUGGGCCCUUACCCAGUGGAAGGAGUGGAUAAGCAGUUCCUAGAAACGUAUGACAACGUUACAAAAAGCCACUUAACAGAAGAUUCCAGUCAAUACUACUGUGAUAAGAAUGGACUAAUUGAGGGAGACUUACUUUUGGUGCGUAUCACACCAGAUGAAGAUGGGAAGUUUGGAUUUAAUCUAAAGGGUGGUGUAGAUCAAAAAAUGCCGUUAGUGGUGUCAAGAAUAACUCCAGGAUCACCUGCUGAUAAAUGCAUUCCAAAACUGAAUGAAGGUGAUCACAUAGUAUUAAUUAAUGGCCGAGAUAUCUCAGAGCAUACACAUGACCAGGUGGUAAUGUUUAUAAAAGCCAGCAGAGAAUCUCACACACGAGAGCUCGCGCUUUUGGUCAGGCGGAAAGUAGUGAAACAGUUUGUGGAGCCCAAAUCAGAAGAUGAAGCUGAUUCCCAGAAUAUGUCCGAAUCUCUUCUUCCUAACUGUUCCGAAUAUGGUGAUACACUGGAGGAGUCUAUGGAACAGCUAAAGAAAGGGCUGGAAAGUGGGACAGUCCUUAUUCAGUUUGAGCAACUUUAUAGAAAGAAGCCAGGGUUGGCUGUUACAUGUGCAAAGGUACCUCAGAAUAUGGACAAAAAUCGAUACAAAGAUGUUCUACCUUAUGAUGCCACAAGAAUAAUACUGCAGGGAGAUGAAGAUUACAUUAAUGCGAAUUACGUGAACCUGAAGAUACACACAACUAGAGUUACGAACAAGCACAUUGCUACUCAAGGGCCUCUUCCACACACGUGUGCUCAUUUCUGGCAAGUAGUCUGGGAUCACAAGUUAUCACUGAUCAUCAUGUUGACAACUCUCACUGAACGAGGACGGACCAAAUGUCAUCAGUAUUGGCCUGAUCCACCAGAUGUAAUGGAAUAUGGCAACUUUCGUGUCAGAUGCCAGUCUGAGGAUUGUACGAUUGCAUAUGUUGUUAGAGAAAUGGUGAUUACAAAUGUUAAGACAGAACAACAACAUGCGGUCACCCAUCUCCAGUAUGUCGCUUGGCCUGAUCAUGGUGUUCCUGAUGACUCCAUGGACUUCUUGGAGUUUGUGACCUGCAUGAGGCCAAAGAGAGUAAAGAACGAGCCAGUCCUUGUUCACUGCAGUGCUGGGAUCGGCCGCACUGGUGUCUUGGUCACUAUGGAAACAGCCAUGUGCUUAAUUGAAAGAAACCAACCUGUUUAUCCACUGGAUAUUGUACGAAAAAUGCGAGACCAGCGAGCUAUGAUGGUGCAAACAUCAAGUCAGUACAAAUUUGUUUGUGAAGCUAUUCUUCGUGUUUACAAAGAAGGAUUAGUUCGACCACUGGAUUCCAGUUAGCACAGCAGUGAAGGAUGAAUUCUUUUCCCCUAAAAACCCCUAAAAAGACUCUCUCUCUUUUUUUU